UAGUGUGAAAUGGAAGAUUGGUGUAGGACCUAAUAUUAUAUUUUUGUGUAUUCGACUUUUCGUACCGUACUAUUCACUAUUAUAGUAUUAUACGAAUUACGUUUCAAUUUUAAACAUAUUUGGUCUUUGAGAUUUACAUGAAUCAUAAUACACUAAUACAAUAAUGUCUAGGUCCCAUCAUGUGUGUUAUUAUAAUAUUCUAUUGGCCUUGCAGUUUGUAAUGAUUUAAAUUUCCGUAAUUGUUGAGAAAAAUUUUAUGUGUUGACUUAUGUUAUUGGCUUGAAAUUAAUCCAAAUCACCUUUACUGCUACAUUACAGUUGGGUUCGCUUCAACAAUUAUUACAAUAUUAUACUUUAUUCUUAUUUAUCAUCUUAAAUAUGUCUGAUACAGACCCCGAUUCAUCAACUGAUAGUGACAAUAACAAUUUGUCUCCUUUUUUCAACCGUUAUUUUCGUGUUUAUGCCUACGAUUAUGAACCUGGUGUUGACGUUACUGUAAGCCCACGUAUAGUAACAUAUCAAGCAUCAACAGAUGAUUCUUCAGAUAGUGACGUUUUUCCUGAUUUAUAUCAUGAUUCUACAUCUAGUGCUAGUGAAGCAUUAUUAAACAACACCUCAGAAGAAUUAGACCAUCCAGAUGAUGAUUCAUCUUGUAGUUCAAGAAAUACAUCCACAUUUAAAUUAUUCAAACAAAGACAUAUUAUUAAUAAAAUGAAAAUCACUCGUCCAAAAUCCAAUCAUUGGUGUCUUCCUAAAGAAUUAUAUAACAGAGAAAUUGGCCGUUAUAACCGUCGCGCUCAGUGGGGUUAUAAAUUCUAUCAAUCGACUGUUGGUGUACAAAAACUCAAAUUGAGUAGACAACUAAAAGGCCAUCAAGGAUGUGUAAAUUCACUAGAUUUUAAUAAUACUGGUGAAAUAUUAGCUAGUGGAUCAGAUGAUUAUAGAAUUUGUUUAUGGAAUUGGUCUAAUGGAAAGUGUUUACUCAAUCACAAUAGUUUACAUACUAAGAACAUUUUUCAAACUAAAUUUCUCACUACACAUGGAGGUACUCACAUUAUAUCAAGUGGACGAGAUGGCUUAGUUGUAUUGUCUGCUGUAAAUAACUAUGAUAUUAUAUAUAGCAAAAUAAUAGCACGUCAUGAUAACGCUUGUAAUAAAGUUGGUGUACAUCAUGAUACACCAUAUGUAGUCCUUAGUUGUGGAGAUGACGGAAUUGUUAAAAAUAUAGAUAUUCGUGAAUCUCCUAUUAAUGAAAAUGAAAGGACUACCAAUAUACUACAUAUCAAAAAUAAGCGUGGUCUUUCUAUGCACCUAUUUGGUAUUGACAUAAAUCCUAUGAAACCAAAUGAAUUUAUUGUAAAUGGUAAUGAUGAAUAUGUAAGAAUGUACGACAAAAGACGUUUAAGUGUAAAUCCAGUUCAACUAUUUCAUCGUGAAUUUAAAAAUCCUAAAGAAGAAAAAAAUGGUGAUAAUGCUAUUAAUGGCACUAAUAAUAGUGAUGUUAAUGGCAGAAAUAAUGAUACUAUUGAUCUCACUAACAGUGCUAGUGGUAAUGUUAAUUCUGACCAUGAUGAGAGGUUUGAGUUGGAUGUGGCGGAUGAUUCUUCAAGUUCAAUGUCGCCUAUCCAAUUUUAUUCACAUAUUACAUCUGCUGUAUACAGCUAUUGUGGAACUGAAAUUUUAGCAUCUUAUAGUGAAGAUGAUAUUUAUCUAUUUGAUGCUUAUGGUCGAUCAAAUUCUGUGUUACACAGUUAUAGUGGCCAUCUAAAUAGAAUGACUGUCAAAAAUGUCAAUUUUUAUGGACCAAGAAGUGAUUAUGUAAUAUCUGGAUCAGAUUGUGGAUUUAUCUUUGUAUGGGAUAAAAAAACUGAAGCUAUUGUCCAAAGGAAACAUGCUGAUUGUAGAGGAUGUAUUAAUGUAUUAGAAGGACAUCCACAUAUACCAACCUUAGCAACUAGUGGUCUGGACAAAACUAUUAAAAUAUGGGAACCUUUAAGUAUGUCUCAAAGGCCAAAUAAAAAACAGCUCAGAACGUGUAUCGUUCAAAAUAGAGUUGAAAGAGACCGAUCCCGAAGGACAGCAGAAGACCAUCAUCAUUAUUUUAGUCGUAUUUGAUUUAAGUUGACUGAAACUGUUCCCACGGUGGGUUCCAAACUUGAAAAAAAGGUUGACUGGAACUAUAAGAAGUAUUAUAACAUAUGAAUACAAAUCAAAUACAUUAUUUUUGUUUAAUUUUUUUUAUUUUUUUUUUAUCAGUGUAAAUAAAUAUAAUACAAAAUAAUAAUAAUUAUAAA